GGCCGGUCCUCCCUGCGGUUACUGCCGGCCGGGCCGCGGUCCGGACGCCCGGGGCUGGGAACGAAGAGGAAGCGCCUGGCCUGCUCUUCUCAGCGGCGCGUGGGGAGAGGCCGCCUCAGUCCCGCAUUCCGGUCCCAGGUGCGCAGCGCUCUAUUCGGCUCGUAGACCAGUCCCCGGCGUCCUCCUCGCGGCCUUGGCUCCGGCCUCUCAGGCCCGGUUCCCCGGACCCCGCGCCCCUGCGCCCCGGCGCAGGGCGCGACCCCCGCCCCGGCGGCGGGAGGAGCCGGAGGAACGACGGCGCCGGGAGUCAGACACGCUCCUGUCCUGGAUAAUGACUCUGGAUAGCUGGGGAACCCAGUGGCAAACGGCCUGGGUGACCGCUCUGAACUAUGAGGCCCAAAGAAGAGGGGGCCCAUUGCAUCUCUCUUUCCAGCAGAACCCACAGGCCCAGUCCUUGCAGUUGACAGUUGGAGAAGUCUCCAGUGUGGUCAAGUCAACCCAGGAGAAGGUGGUGAUCUGUCAUGUGGUGGGUGAUACCCUUCAGUUCUUGGUCAGUGCAAGGCCUGCCUCUACCACCAGUUCAGAAUGCCAGCUGUAUGACGUCCAGCUUUCCCCAUUUCAUUUAAAGAUGGAAUUCCACAUGGAAGAGAAGAGAGACGACAUUCAGAUCAGGUGGUCGUUCACCCAUGCACCAGAAACAGCCAUCAAGAUCCAGCCCCAGGCCCCAGGGGAGAAGCAGGUGCUCGAGGUAAACGUGCUUUCUGAAGCCCUUAAGGAUCUUUUCAAGCACCUAGUUGGUGCUGCCUCUCCAUCUGUAUAUCUGAGCACCAAGCCCACACAGAUCAAAGAAGCUCAGACUCUACAGUGCACUUCCUCCACUGCUCAGGAACCCUGCCCUCCCAAACCUCCAAGGGCUCAUGAACUAAAACUGCAGGUGAAGAAUAUCCGAGUCUCCCUGCUAACCCAUCCUGGUGCUUCAGGCAGCAUUAGCCAUGUGUGUGUGGCCCAGCUGAACGAUCCUGCACAGCAGUUCAUCAGCACCCUAGUGAGAAACACAACAGACCUCACUUGGGAGGAGGAAUUCACCUUUGAACUGAACGCCAAAUCUAAGGAGCUGCUCUUGCAGAUCUCAGAGAAUGAGUGCUCUUCAGAAGGUCUGUUGGGGACAGCAACCAUUCACCUGGACUUAUUUAGGAAGCAGCCUAAUGGUCCACAGACCUUCAGACUGGUCAGUGGAACAGAGCCUGACAGCUUGGUAUUAGGCUCAGUCACUGCAGAGUUUUCUUACAUAGAACCUGGUGAGCUAAAGUCCUGGCCUGCUCUUCCUCCUGUUUCUGCUACUAAGAUAGAAAAGGACCGUACAGUGAUGCCAUGUGGGACGGUGGUCACCACUGUCACUGCUGUGAAGACCAAGCCUCGCUUUGACACUGGAAGGGUGUCCCCAUUGAGCUCAGAGUCCCCCGUGAGAACACCCAUCAAGGUAAAGGUCAUUGAGAAGGACAUCUCUGUCCAGGCCAUUUCGUGCCACAGCGCCCCAGUCAGCAAGACUUUCUCCUCUUCAGACACAGAACUACUGGUGCUGAAUGGAUCAGAUCCUGUGGCUGAAGUUGCCAUUCGGCAGCUCAGUGAAUCCUCAAAGCUGAAGCUGAAGUCUCCACGGAAGAAAAGCACCAUCAUCAUUUCAGGGAUCUCCAAGACCUCACUGUCUCAGGACCACAAUGCUGCCCUCAUGCUGGACUAUGCAGCUUCUAUGGACAGCACCAACCAAGGGGAUGCCUCAUCCACUCUGUGCUCUCCAGAGGCCACUGCAGCCUCUUCCACUACCCCACCUGAAGAUGAUGAGCCAGCCCAGGCCCUACCUGCCCUCAAGCCUAGAGAGAAUGAUCUAGACUCCUGGGACCUAGAGAAAGAAUCCCCAGCAGCAGCAUGGAGCAGUUCAGCCUUACAGGAACCAGAUGGGGACGAACUGUCAGAGAGCUCCUUGAGUGCUUUGGAGCUUGGAGCCAAUAAGAAGCAUAAAGAAGGAAUUCUAAGGAAAAGCGCCAAGCUCUUCUUCCGCCGGCGACACCAGCAGAAAGACCCAGGCAUGAGCCAGUCACAUAAUGAUCUAGUCUUCCUGCAGCAGCCAGAGGGGAAGCUGAAGAAGGGGGCAACCCUCAGCCGGCUCUUGAACAAGAAGCUGCUUCCUAGGCACAGAGGCAAACACGCCAUGAAUGGAGUACCCAGAGAGCCCUGCACAUAGCUCAAGUCACCCCCUGUCCUCAAAGCUGGAGGAUGGGACCACAAAGGUCCCACCAGAGCACCGGAACCAGUGCCAUCAGAUGUGUGCAUUGUCUAGCUUGUUUUUUUUUUUUUUUCCCAAUAAUCUUGGUUUUUAAAGGGAAAAAGCAAUCUGCCUGUUUGGACAGGAAGCUUCCCCGAAGACAACUGAUAAUGCAGUCCAAUUUGCCACCAGAUACUCAGUGCGAGCAUCUGGCUCCAUCUGUCACAUGUCAUCUAAGUGUUGAGGUGGAAUGUAAGAUGGAUGCCUGCCACACGUGCUCUGAUGACAGUGGAUAGUAGGCAGGAGGGGUCACAGUCCACCUAUUUCUUCCUCUCUCCUUCAGGGACUAUUGGGGUUUGUGUCUGGACCAUGGCAUGCGGGCUGCUGCUAUGAGCAGGAUGGACCACCUCACAUAUCUUGCUGUUUAGAAUUAAGUAGUGCAUCUGACCCUGAGGACAGGUGUAUGGAUAUAGGAAGGAUUUUGAGCCAUGAAGAAAUUGUAAUAGGAAAAAGAUGUGCUUUGACAAGUGUGAGAGGUUGUUCACCUUUGAUAUUAGCCAUAUACGUUAAAAACUUAUGCAAACACUAAAUGUGUCCUGUGCAGAUUAUGCCAGACACUUCCAGAUUUACUUGACCCUUCUUGCAAGUAGAGGUGUAGAAAUUCAGAUAUGUUUUUUGUUUGUUUGUUUGUUUGUUUCUCAUGCCAGGGGCUCUGUUUUUUUUCCCACGGCAUAGGCAGCAUGCUAAACUCAAAUAUGCUGAGGCUGACUUUGGGAGCAAUGAGUGACAGCUUGUAGGACAUUGACCACACAUAUAUGGUUCUUGCCAAAUACAGCCAACAGGUAAAACAAAGAACUUUAGGGCAACUGAGGAAACUAUUCUGUAUCCCGGGUGCCAAUUGGUCUCAGGCAUAGAAGUUUCAUAACAAUGGGCCAAACUUGUAGGAAUUCUUUUCAUGGGAUCUUCAGAAUUCUACUGUGAACAGGGACUUCUGGACACAUUUUGGGGUAUCCUGGUUUUGGUUUACUGUGGGAAAAUUACAAAGUUGGCACCUGAGUUCAGUGUCCCCCUGUAUCCAUAAGGUGCUGUCCUCUUCUGUGUUCCCGGCACUGUAGAUUCACUAGGUCUCACAGCCCUCCAGAGUCACUGUCUGUGGGGAGGGGUGUUGUGUUUUGACCUGUCAAUGAGAUCCAUUUUCUUCCCAUAACAAUGGAACAGCUGACAGGAAGACCUGUCAUGAAGUGAGGAAGCUCCUUCUGGCCUCUUCUGUUCUUUAAAAACAUCAGGGGCAAAGUCACUGUUGUUGACCAAAAAUGUCUAUGAAAGCCAAAAUUAUGGGAAUUUUUUUUUAAUUUUUAACUGUUUUAACAAGAGAGAUUGGAAAACCACAUCAUUUCUUUCUUGGUUCGUUUACUCCGUUCUAGGGAUUAAAACUGUGGCUUUGUGCAUACUGGACAGGUCCUUCUCCACUGAACUAUUUUCCCUAGUCCUCUUUCCACUUGUUAUUGUGGAAUUGGGUCUCACUAAGGUGUUGACUGGGCUGCCCUGUAAUUCAUUCUGUAGCCCAAUUAUACCUUGAAACUCUGAUCCUCCUGCCUUCAUCUCUCAAGUAGCUGAGAGUACAGGCCUGAACCACUGGGCCCCGUGAAUUUUAGUUCCAAAUAAACAUAAAUUUGAAAAUUCUUGAUGGGUGUGGUUGUGCAGGCCUCCUGUGAUCCUUAGAAGAUGGAGAAAGGAGGAUGUUAGCUUCCAAGCCAGCCUGGGCUACAUGAGACCCCUUCUUGAAACAAACAACAACAUAUAUAGAAGAAAAAGAACCUGGAAGAAUCUCAGGUAGUUUUCAGGUGACUUUGAAGACACAUUUCAGCAUGCUUUGUCUUUAAAGAUCACCUUAUGUUAAGUCACAGCGAAGUUUCUAGAACGGAUUCAUUAAUACCAAAUUUGUUCUCAAUUCCAGUGAUCCAUUCUACUACUCUUUUCUAGAAUGGAUCCAUUAAUACCAAAUUUGUUCUCAAUUCCAGUGAUCCAUUCCACUACUCUUUUUGGAAUGGACAUGAUUUAAAUUCUGUGUUUUACUUGAAGUAUUGUUAUUCCACAUGGUGUGCAGAAUUGUGUGAUACAUAGUUUUCAAUUCCCAGAGACUAUGGUGUGUCAGAGAUUAUGAUUCAGAUGCUGUAUUUUCAGUUGGUGCAGUAGCCCUCAUCUAACAUGCUUAGGGCCAGAGGUGUUUCAGACACAUUUUGGAUCUUGGAAUAUCUUGAUAAGUCUUUACCAUCUGAGCAUCUCUGAAUCCCAAAUAUAAAAUUUUCAGAAACAUGAAACUCUUUGAAUACUGUGGUACAGACAGAGUUUUGGGUUUCAGACUUUUGGGUUAGGGAAUGCUCAGCUUAUACAGGUUUUGUUGGUUUGAUUGGUUUUGACAUUUAUGUUCAGUUUAUUCAAGUAUGAAGGCAUCAGAAUUUUAGGUUAUACUUCCUCUCUCUCAGCAGUUACAACAACAACAAAAAAGAACAAAUGGUUUUUAGCCAUCCAAGCCUCCAAAUGAUCCUAUGAGCAUCCUGCUCCUGGCUUUCUACCAGUAUCUAAGACCUGUCCUCUAGGAUCUCUAGUGAGCAGCCUUUGCAAAUUGAGAACACCAUCACAGCAGAGGUUGCAGAGAUGGGGGACACAAACAAGUAGCCUCAGGGCCUUCCUUGUGCUAUGAAGUCUUUUCUCCAAGCUGUUUAUCUACUUCUGUUUCUUCAUGGUAUAGGGUAAUUAUGUUGAAAUGAACAUCAUUAAGAUUAUGCACCAGGUGCCAACAGUGUGCAUGUGUAAGUCACCUCUGUUUUACUAUCUGCAUUCUUUUGUGGCUUCAGUUUCUGUCUUGAGGUUUUGGCAGAGUGAUAGUUUUAAAGCAAUUUCUCAUGAACACUAAUUCAGGUAUCUAUGAAUCUAGAAGAUCUCAGGUUGGCUGGAGUGAGCUGACCACAUUUCCUCUACCCUUCAUGCAGGGACUAAAUAGAGCUGUUUGUGUGUGUGUGAGGAUGGUGUAGCAGUAACAAGACUAGGGCUCCCUUGCUCUCGUUGCAAACCUACUGUGAGCAAGAGGAUUUAGACAAAGCACUUUAUUUUAAAUUUUAAGUUCAAAGCCAGCCCUACUUCCUGACUGUGGAAGGAAGCAGGCGAUUUACUGUUGACCAGUUCCAAAUCAGAUUUUUGCUGGCCACAUUUACAGAAAAGGGUUGCAAAUGUUCUUCUCAAGCAGAAAGGGAAAGAUUAAUUUACAUUGCUGCCACCCAGAGUGGUGUUUUUUGGUUAAUAAGCUCAGGGCUGUCAAUGUUCAACUUUCAAAGUACAGUCUGAUAGAUGGUGGAAGGUAAAACAUGUCUCUGUCACACAGAAACAGGUGUGGGUACUGACCCCAAUGACAGGCACUGUCCCCACUAUCUCAACAGUCCAAGACCUGAGGACCAAAGCACUUGCCUGGGGACAAAGACACUGUUCAAACCAGCAGUGCAAGCUCUUUAUGUGAAAUGUCCCUGUUAUGUGUAUAAGUAUUGCUGCCUGGUUCACUUUGCUGAUGGUGGAGUGGAGAUGUGAUUAUUCCCAGGACUGUAAGCCUGGCUCUCUGCCCAGUUAUGUUGAACCUCUACUACAAAGAAAAUAAAGUAAAGGCUUCCCAGGUGUGUGGUGAGCCUGAUGCUGGUGUGUGGCAAAUGGCAUCCGUGACAAUGAUUGUAUUUGUUGCAGCACUUUAGACGUGGGUGUCACCCUGCACCACCCUAGGCAGCAAGACAUGGCUGCAACUUUACUGACCUCUCAAGAAAUAAAUGUGCUCAUGGAAAACA